AGCCAAUCAGGUGGCGCAUGAGAAGAACUUGUCCAGACAUGUUUAGUUUGGACCAUGUUUUGGACACGUGCAGCAGAAGAAGAUAUGACCACAAAACCAGUUCUGACAUUUAAAGAUGGGAGAGCCAUCGAAAAGGAAUUAUAAAGCCUCCUCAAGGGGGCUCCUUGGCAACUACCGAUAUCUGUGCAAAAAGGCUAUGCUGAUUAGAGCCAUGGAGAAUGCAAGAGCCAGGAAGAAACGCCAUCAUCAGAUAGAAAUUUCCAACCAACAGAUGAAAAGAAUAGGUACCUCAUGUGAACCUGUGGAUACACUAAGAACCAAAUUGAAUGACCCAGACCUGGAAAAUCCAUGCACUUUGAACUCUGAAAGCAAAAGUGUUGAAGUAAAGAAACAGGAGACCUCUACAACUUUACUUGAUCACCACAGUUUAUUACCAGUUCCUGGAGACAGCUGGGAGGUGGACAGUGGUUUCUGCUCUGAAGCUAGUCCUCCAGCCAGUGGUCGGAGUUCACCAUGCCCCAGCUCAUGCCCUGGCUCAUGCCCUACUUCAGUGGUGGCAUUGGACUGUGAGAUGGUGGGGACGGGGCCUGGUGGAAGACGCAGUGAGGUAGCCCGCUGCAGCAUCCUGGACUAUCAUGGCAACGUCCUGUAUGAUAAAUAUAUCAGACCAUGUCAGCCCGUAACUGACUUCAGAACUCGCUGGAGUGGCAUCCGAAAGCAUCAUCUUCGCAACGCCACACCAUUUGCUCAGGCCAGAGAGGAGAUCCUCGGUAUACUUGAAGGCAAAGUGGUUGUGGGCCACUCCAUCUACAAUGACUUUGAAGUGCUUGACAUGAUUCAUCCAUGUCAUAUGGUCAGGGACACAAGUACAACACGUCUACUCAGCCGGUUAGCUGGUUUCCCUCGUGAACGCUGCACCUCCCUCAAAAUCUUGAGCAGUAAGCUGCUGAACAAGAAGAUACAGGCUGGAAGGAGAGGUCACUGCCCAGUGGAGGACGCUAAGGCCGCUCUUGAUCUCUACAAACUGGUAGAGGGUGAAUGGGAGCAGGAGCUGCAGAGAAAGUUGAGAGACGAUGAUGCACCACUCGAGCCAAGCUUUGCUUCUUCAAACCAUUACAUGCAGGACGAGUACUGGCCAGAUGAUGUCAUAACAGACAACCAAUAAGGACAAAAUAUUUACACUUCUAUGGGAAAAUACCUCAUAUUUCCAUUGCAUGGUGGUGGAAAAUUACAAGAGCAGAUUUAGAUGAUUAUAAGUAAUGUGAUUGGAAGAAUUUGGACAGCAGGUUUGACAAAGGAGCAACAAUGAUUUGAACAUGAAAGUUGUAUUUAUCUUGUCUCAUACAUAUAGCUGUCUGAUAUCAGCUUAAACACUUUAUAAUUUAUUACUCUUAAACAUGUGAAACAUAGUAAGAGUUGUAAUAUCAUUUUUGCUGCUGUAAUACAAGAUAUUUUCCUCCAAAGGCAUUGACUGAGCUAGUUGUUCCUUACUUGAUGUUUAUGGAGCUAGUAGUUGAGGUGCGCUCAUUUGAUGUGCAGAGUUUGCAGUUUAUCUAACCCUGUAUGCACCAACUUAAAAGGAUAACUUUAUUACUUUAAAUGGUUUUAUUAAAGGGAUAAUGUUGUAAGGAUGCUCUUUAGGUCCUCUCAAUGCGGCUUUAAGAAGUUAUUCACUAUUAAAGGCAAAUACUAACACGUCUAACAUGGAAAUCUGCAGUAUGGAACCUUUAAUAUGUAAACAAUAGUCCAUUAUUGUCUUUAGCAAAUUAAUUUAGAAAAUAAAGAUAAAGCUUAUCAGUUCCAGAAAAAAAUCAAUAUCUGGUAGACUUUUAUUCAGACUUUAAAAUCUGCCGUCUGAACUUAAGAAAUUGUCCCCAUUGAUGCACAGCUGGUGUUCUUACAGCCAGAAGAGGGAGACAAGUUCAUCAAUGCAGUUUUUAACUGUUUCAGUUGGUGGAAUUACUUCCCUUCAUUUAUGGCCUCUGGGUUUUCUAUUACAGUUGUAUUUUCAGAUGUGACAGUGGGAUUUCAUUCCCUCUGAUAAGCUGCUCAUCAUUGUUUAAAUAAAAUGACGUGUGAA